AUUUUUGGCACUUCCGGCUUUCUGUGGGCCCGUUUAACCCGUUUGGCCAGCUUCAGCCAUGGCAAAUCCGCCUUUGUCAUUGGAGUCGCUGAGAUCCCUCCCAGAGAUCUUCUGCAUUCUGGUGGUGUGUGGAGCGACCGGAAGUGGCAAGAGUCGCAUCAUAGAGAAGCUGGUGCAGCACUAUAGCUUAACACCUAGCAAUGAGAAGAUCAUCUUUGAGGAUGACAUGGCUGUCUGCAGCCAUCCAGCUCUGGGUGAGGGCUACCUGGAGAAGCUUCAGGCAGUGGGUUUGAACAGCGUCCCCAGCUGGCUCAAAGCUGAGAAGUGUUUGAGCCUUGGACAGCAGCAGCGCAUCCGCAGUGCGGUUCAAGCAUCUUCAGACAGCCGUGGCAUUGUCAUGGAUGACUUCUGCUGCUUUGUCGACAGACAGUGUUCGUACUCAUGUGCGGCUUCCAUAUAUCGGCUCGUGAGAGACAACGGACUGAAGUUCGUCAUCAUUGGCACGAGCAGGGCUGACCUCAUCCCAUACCUCGGAGCUGACAUCGUGAUUGAAGCUGGCAAUGGGCAAAUCUUCAAGAACCCUUUGGACUUUGCUGAGCGCAAGAUGGCCGUGAAGAUCCAGCAUGGUGAGUUGAAGUUUUCCUUCGGCCAAGGCUGCAGUGGCUGGAAAGGGCCCUUGGACGACGGACCAUUGCGGAAAGGCGAGGAUUACGCCCGGACUUUCACAACGGUGCGGUUUGCCACGGUUGCCACAAACUUUACCACGACUGUGAAGCAGACUGAACGAACAUCGGAAGCGGCUCAUGCUUUCGAUUACACCUUCACAGGGACAAUUGCGCAGAAGGUCCACAUCAUCAAGCAAAACUGCUUGCCAGGAGACUGGCGUAUUGGUGCGCUUUGUGGUCCCAGCGGCUCCGGCAAGUCAGUCAAUCUUCGAAAGCUGGGUAUUGAGGUGAGCAUCCAGUGGAUACCUGACCAAUCAGUCGACCAGCAGGUUGAGCAUGCAUUGCUGGAUGUGGUGUUGCUGCAGCUACCGGCCAGAAGGAGGCCCUUCCAUGAGCUUUCAGCCGGCGAGAAGAUGCAGGCAGAUCUGGCGCGAAGGUUUGCGCAGCCGUGCGAUGGCACGGUGCUGGCUGACGAGUUUACAUCUGUGUUGGAUCGGCAACUGGCAGCAAGACUUUGUGCUUCGGUAGCUUCAUUUGUGCGGGAGAAUCGUCUCCAACUGGUUGUGGCAACCAUCCAGAUGGAUGUGGUGAAGCACCUCCAAGCCGAUUGGUGUUUCAGAUCGGACUAUGCAGAGCUCAUGACCUUCAGCGGUACUUGUGAUCGUCCCUUGCCACCUGAGCUGCCAGAAGUGGAGUACUUCCGCCCGCCACUGCGGACCUUCACCCUGACCCAGCUGGGGGAUUCAAAGCGCACGAAGGAGGUUUUCAAGGCCAGCUUUGAAGAGCAUCACUACCUGAAGCAGGGGUUGCCUCUGAUGUGGGGCUUGCUUGUGCGCGAUGAAGAGCAGAUCCCAGUUGGGUUUCAUGCCAUUGCGUGGCAGACGGGUUGUGGAGCCCCUCGUGAAGCGCGCGUGGUGAUUCUUCCAGAAUACCAAGGCAUGGGACUGGGCACCCGCUUGAGCGACUGCGUAGGGAAGCUCUGUGCUGCCAGCGGGUUCAAGCUCAUGGCGAAGACCAAGCAUCCGCGCCUAGGAGGCUACAGAAACAGUCGAUCCGACUUGUGGCGACCCAGCACGAUGAAUGGGAAGAUCUGCAAGGGCUCCCUGAAAUCCAGUCUUCUCGACAUGAAAGCAAGGCAGAAACAAGUGAAAGGGCAACAGCAGCUGUCCUUCGCACCUGCCAAAGAGAAAGAGGCCAAGGCCGAGAAAGAGGUGGAAGAACCUCGCAGGUGCUUCUCACAUAUGUAUAUCGGAGACGAGCUGCCGCUGGAGACACCUCGAAAGCGAAAAAGCCAUGAUGACGUGGAGCAACCGUCGCAGGAGAAGAACAAGAAGCAAAGGGGCCGACCUUGCAAGAAGCCGCAGGAUCCACCGAGGCCAAGAGGCAGACCACGAAAGAAGGCAGUCGGAGAAGUCUAAGGCCAUCUAUGGAGUUGUCAAUGUGUGACUUUUAUAGACAUGGCUGUGGGUCAAAACCAAUGGUACCAUUUUGGGGUAGGUGCA